CAGCGUCGGCGGGCGCAGGCGGCGGAGGGGAUGGCACCCGAGCGGCGUGGCGCAGCCGCACCGGAUGAGGACGCACUAUUUGUUGACAUAGUACAUGAAGCCCCUCUGUCUGGUCAGCGGCAGUCUCGAAGUGUAGUUGGUGGCACUCUCUACUGUAUCUUAUUGACAGGUUAUGCUGGUCUUGCGAUAGCAGCUCCAUGGAUAUUUGUCCUUAUACCAGACAUCAUCCUUCCGUUGCUAUGCAGCUGCAAUGUUCUCCUUCUAAUUGUUACAGGCAUAUUCCAGCAGUAUUGGGUUCAUCAGGUCAAAAAGGUGCGAUUACAGGGAUAUUAUGAUUUAAGUCAGAAACUGAAGCAUAUUGCUAGUAUUCCAUUUGCCACUAUUGCAUGUGGUACUGCCGUGAUGCUCUUAAUUUUAGUUUGGCAGCCUGAAUUAAAAAUAUUAUCAAUUUCAGUUUUGCUCAGGAUUUCUCUGGUCAUUGAAGUGAUAUGCGCUGGAUGCUUCAUGAGCCUAUACAUAGGGCACAUCCAUAAAUACAACUCUCUGAAUGAGCAGCCUGAUAUUCUACAACCACUUUAUUCUGCACUGCGACCAUCUAGUUCAUUUGAAGAGCCGAGGUACUAUGAUACUCGCCUUUCUGACCAACAAAUGGCAUUGCUCCAGUACCAGAGGGACAAUAUUCACUACCUGAGUGAAGAGGUUCUUAGGUUGCAAGAAUGCUUAAGCAAGUACCAUAGAAGUGUUUCUGCAAGCACUCCUCAGGUUGAUCUUGCUCACCUAUUAGCGUCUCGUGAUCAAGAACUUCGAGCAUUGUCUGCAGAGAUGAAUCAAGUGCAUUCGGAGCUUCAUAUUGCUCGUGGUUUAAUUGCUGAGAAGGACUCGGAGAUCCAGCAUAUCCGUUCGAACAACAAUCAAUAUGUUGAAGAAAACGAGAGGCUGAGAGCAAUUCUUGGUGAAUGGAGUGCUCGAGCAGCAAAGCUGGAGCGAGCACUUGAGGCUGAGAGGGUUUCGAACAUGGAACUGCAGAAGAAGCAUGCAAAACAGAGGCCAACCAACCAAGGAGAAAAGACCUGAUCAUAUUCCUCAGUUUGCUCUCUAACAGACAAAACCUUAUGAUGCUGUA